AUGCUUUUCGUAUGGACAGAUUUGCCAGGGCCCCAUCAGGCUUUGAUGAACUGAUCAAAUGGAACUACACAAUUAUACUUCCUCCAGAGACGGCAGAGUUGAAGUUAUUCCCGCAACAACAAACAAUUAAGGUGAAUACCGAUGGCUUUGAGCCAAGGCUUGAAAUGCUGGAAAAGCUGGAAGGAAAAUAUGUGACAGUUGUUAUACAGGAUGGCUAUCUACAUUAUUUGCAAAAGGCUCUCCGUAACGGAAGUGAACUGAUUCUGCUUCCAGAAGCCAUUUAUAAUUAUCAGUUUGUUAUGUUUCUGCCGAAGCAUUCGAUUUAUUUGAACAUUUUCAAUAAAAAAUUAAAGGAAUUUGCUUGUGCAGGUAUAACGGCAAAAAUAAGUUCGGAUUCUACAAUAGACCGUUUGACUUUGCGAAAGCUUAUGAAUAACCCCAAAGCGGUGGCACUAACUGGCAAGCGCCUUAGAGCGUUAUAUCAUAUUUACAUUAUAUCAGUUUCAAUAUCAUUUGGUGUGUUUGUUUUGGAAAAACUCUCGGUUCGGUAUGAAAGACUUGAAAAAUAUUUUAUGAAAAUUAUGUGA